AUGACUCCUGCCCUCUCAGUCCUGCUGUGCCUGGAGCUGAACCUCCCAGCCUCAUCUGCCCCCUCCCUGCCCCAGGGCUGCUCCUGCUCUAACUCCAGGGUCUCCCCCCCCCCAGGCCUCUCUGCCCCGCCCUCCCUGGCAGCCCUGCCCAGCUCUGAGGUGGCCGAAGGACAGAACGUGACCCUGCAGUGUCGGUCAGAGCGAUGGUAUGACUGGUUCGCCCUGUGCAAGGAGGGAGAAGAGAUCAGGCGGGGCGGGACCCGGAGACAUGGAUGGAUGUAUCAGACUGACUUCUUCUUCCCUGCUGUGACUCCAACCCAGGAAGGCACUUACCGAUGUUACGGCUUUGAUAGUUCUUCCCCCUCUGUGUGGUCCUCCCCCAGCGCCCCCCUGCUGCUCUGGCUCUCAGGCACUUCAGAGGAUCUUCACCCCCCACAAAGCUCUAAGACUCCCCCAGCUCGGACAUCCUCCCCACCCAAGACCUUCUCUACAGGCCCUGAGUCUGAGAACAAGCCCUCAGGUCUCUCCAUCCUCCAAGUGAGCAUCCUGGUGGGCAUCUCAGCCUUCCUCAUCCUGAUCUUCCUCUUCCUCUCCCUCCUUUACUUUCAUCACUGUCAGUAUCAGCCCAGACUGGGGAAAAGGGACAGAGAGGCAGACAUCAAGACCACCAGAAGCUCAGAACAAGCAGGGAGCACCCUAGAGGAGACUGUGUAUGCUGCUGUGAAUGAUGACACACAGACAGAGGAAGCUGGACAAGAGGACACAUCCGCUCUCCAAAGAGAAGGCCCUCAGGAAGUGACCUACGCCCAGCUGGACCACAAGAGCCUCAAGUGUGGGGCUGAGCCCCCUCCCCCAUCUGUUCCAAUGGAGCCCAGUGUCUAUGCUGCCCUUCGGUGAGCUUAGCCCAAGCCUGGGGGGCCAGAAGAAGAAGCUGCUCCUUCAUUCUCCCUCUGCUUCCUGAGGGCAGACCCUGUCCUACCUUAUUCCCCAAGUCACCCUGCCAUUAGAACUUUGGCUUGUCACCCCAAGAGGAAAAGCACAAAUGCAAAAAGGCCUAAAACUCUGGGGAUUUGUUCUCUCUGGUACUCUGGGGGGGAGAAAUGUGCCCUCUGGAAUGCUGGGACCCUGACAUCCACAGAGGGGCGACCAGCCACUGAUUACAAAUUAGAAAUUAUCUGCCCCCCCAUAAGAGAUCUGUCAUUACACUGUAGAGGGGGAAUACGCUGUAUAAGAGGGGCAGAACAGACUUAACUCUAGAGGAGAGGCGGAGGCUGGCCCUCAGGGGAGGAGGGGUAUUGCCUGGGCAGCCCCAGCCCACCAAGCUCCUGUACAGGAAAAAAGAUGCCAGAACUUACACUCAGAUGCUGAAGCCUCAGACGAGUGGGCAAGCUCUGCUAAACCCAGGACCGUUUCUGGCAGCCCCUGCUCUGCUUCCCUUGGCCCAGGUUCCCUCCUCACAGGCUGGGGUUCAUCCAAAUACAGCAUCCCCCAAAUCUAUACACAGUUUGGUCCAUCAAUUCAGGUCUUUUCAUGGACUUUCAGGGUUACCUAACGAGGCCUGGAAUUGGAGAUGAAGGACCAGGGGUUGGACCUGGCUCUGCUAUUUGCCUGCACAAGUCCCUUUCCUUCUGUGAUUUCAGUUUCCUCCUCUGUAAAAUAAAUACCACUUAGUCCAGCUCCCCAUCACUACAGAUCCUGGGGUGUUCUUGCCCACAGAGCUCUAGUUUGUAGCCUUGAUGGAGAAGCUAGCAGGGAAGUCCACAGCUCAGAUGCUCCUUCCAGAAGUGCAUCUAUUUGAGGGAUUUAAGGAACUUUUUCCCUUCAUCCAUCCCAGACCCCAAUACUGCUAGGACUGCCCCUUCUCCUCUUCUCCCUCUUGUCUAAAGAGAAAACCAGAUUUUCAUACCUCAUUAAUAUACUCCCACCCAUGAUGAAAAGCUGGCUUCUGGCUGGAAUAGAUGCCUUUAUUUAUUCAUUUUGCAUGUCAAUACAACUUUAAUAUUCAUUUUCUUAUACUUGGCACUCCAUGCUUCUCCCUCCCUCUUUCCCAAGAUGGCGAGUAGUGACAUGUGCUGUCCAUGGUGAUCAUUCAAUACAUAUUUCCACUUCAUUAUGUAGUGAAAGAAGACACAUAUUGGCAGCACAAGAGAAAACUGGCUGGUGGAAAUAAAGUGAAGAAUGGCAUGAGAGACGUGUUCAUGAGGAGUCUCUUGGAGCUGUCCUGGUUGUUAAUAAUGGUUGUUUUGUUGAUAAUGGCUCAGUUAUUCAGUGUUGAUCAUCCACAUUAUUGCUGUUAUUGUGUUCAAUAGUCUGCUGGUUCUGCUCAACUCGCUUUGCAUCACUCCAUCUAAAUCUUCCCAGGUUCUUUUGGGAUCAUCAGGUCCAUCAUUUCUAUUGGCAUGAUAGUUCUCCAUUACAACCACACACCACAGCUUGUUCAGCCAUUCCCCAAUUGAUGGACAACCCUUUAGCUCCCAGGUCUUUUCCACUGCAAAAGGAGCUGCUAUAAGUAUUUUUGAACAAGUUGGUCCUUUCCACCAUCUUUGAUUUCUUUGGGAUACUGACUUGUAGUGCUGUUGUUGAGUCAAUCAAGACCUCGACUGCAUUUCCCCAGACCCUUUAUUGCACCCUUUAGUAUUACUUUUCGUUGCUGCUGCUCUUGUAAUAUUUUUGUUAAAUAAAUGGUUUGGUCACAGUGACUCCCCCCAAAAAGCAAAAACAAAAACCCAGCCUGGUUGAUUAGGGAACAAGGAGGAGCCUGAGACCCACUUGGGGUGCAGGGGAUAUCGACUCCCUUGUUCCAAAGGUUUCCCAGUGUGCCCUCACCUCAUAAAGCUGGUGAGAACCACAGAGACCCUCUGAGGAGAAGAUGACCAAACCUUUGCCUCCACACCAACCCUGGCCAUCAUCUCAGCUGCUGAGAUCCCAGACCCCAGCAAAGUAGCAGCUUCUCCCCCCACACCACACCCCAGCUCUGGAUGUAGGGCCUCAGUUUGCUUUCAGAGCCUUAAUAAAUCUUUCUGUAUCCUGAAAGAACAAACUGGUUUUGUCCUUUGGAAAUGGUUCCAAUUUGCUCUCCAGAAUGAUUGUAUCCAUUUCACCAACAGCAUAUUAGUGUUCUAGUUUUAUAAAAUUCUCUUUAACAUUCAUCAUUUGUCUUUUGGUCAUAUUAGCUACUCUGAUAACUACAAGGUGGUAUCUCAGGAUUAUUUUUAUUUUAAUUUCUUUAAUUAAUAGUUAUUUGGAGCAUUUUUAAAAUUUUCUAUAAUUAAUUCAGAAUAUGUUUCCAUGGUUACAUGAUUCAUGUUUUUUCCCCUCCCUUCUUCCACCACGCUCCCACAGCCAAUGAGCAGUUCCACUGGGUUUUACAUGUGUCAUUGAUCAAGACCUGUUUCCAUAUUAUUGCUAUUUGCUGAAGUGUUCCAGGGAUGAAGGAACCAUGAAAGUAUUAAAGAUGUAUUCAAAAGCUGACUCUGAUGAGCAAGGUGUUCAUGGACCAGCCUCAUGGGGAUAUUUCUGGUAUUUCCCAUGAUUGAUUUCUGGAUCCUUGAAUUGAAUUGGGGCUCCAGUUUUGUGGAGCUCAAACCUCCCCCCUUGUCUGCAGUCUGAAAGGCUGGCAUGCAAUUUCUAUAGCUUCUAUGUAAUGGCAAAGACACACUCAGUAUUUGGAUGAGAGGGUGCGAGGCUUGUAGAGGAAGUAGGACUAUGAAUUGAGCUUCUGGUCUGGGAACUCACUGGGCCAGUGUGUUGUGUUCCUUUCUUUUCUGUUGUUGUUGAUUGCCACUAUGAUGCUAAUGUCUCUAUCACACCUCCUGUUUGAUUGGCUCUCCCACAUCCCCCAUUCCUGGAAACCUCAAUAAAACUCAGUUCACC